CCACUCGUUUCCGACAAUUCCGGCGCGACUAGGGUUUCUCUCGAUGCACAUUCAUUGGAUUCGUCGCGUUCGUGAUACGGAUCAUCGAUGAACGGCACUCGUGUCGGUUCAACCUCAUAUAAAAUUAAUAUUAACCGUGAAACAGAAAUCUACACUUUGCGAAACGUCGAACACAGCAAGCACACCACUUCGUCAGUUACCGACGAUUCGCUCGUCGGUGAAGCUGCAUUAUCCCGAAUCAAUGGUACGAUUGUCGAGUGUGCGUAAAGCUGGACGCGAAAAUGUUACUAACUAGAAAUCGUAGCGUUCCUUUUUCUAAUUUACUCGAUUGAAGUCGACUUCUCAUACUUCCUCCGAACCCAGCGGACUCGUCGUGCAAACAAAGUACCUACGCUUCACCUUCAAGUCCUUCAACAGCUGUUUGAAGUCAAAUGUUUUUACAAAGGUUUAUAGCCGCUCCAACAUUCAAAUUUCUACAGUGACUGUUGUGCCUCGAGCUGAACCUUUGAAAAUCUCGCGUGAGAAAAAAGGAAUUUCAAGUAAUCUGCUGCGCGAAUUUGUUAAACCAGAAUGUCACAAAACAUAAAUCCAUUUUAUUCGUCUCAAAACGCACCAAGUAAAGCUACCGAGGAAAAGCAGAGUAUACCGAAAGACAACCAUGCAGUUAGUAAACGACUACAGAAGGAACUUAUGGUUUUGAUGAUGUGUACGGAGAAAGGUGUUUCUGCGUUUCCUGAUGGAGAAAAUUUGUUCAAAUGGAUUGGAACUAUCACAGGACCAAGGGACACGGUUUAUGCAGGCCUUACGUACAAGUUAACUUUGGAAUUUCCUCAUAGUUAUCCAUACAGUGCUCCCAUAGUGCGUUUUGCAACUCCUUGUUUUCACCCAAACGUAGAUGCAGUAGGUAACAUUUGUUUGGACAUAUUGAAAGACAAAUGGAGUGCUUUAUACGACGUGCGUACUAUAUUAUUGUCUAUACAGUCUCUUCUUAGUGAACCUAACAAUGAAAGCCCACUGAAUCCUCAAGCGGCCAAGUUAUGGAGCGAUCAGACAAAGUACAAGAAACAUUUGACGGAAGAAUAUAACAGAGCUUUAAUUCGUGACCAACAAGACUCAUGAUAAGUCCAUUCUUGUAAUCAUCUUGGCUGAGUUAAUAUUUCUAUUUCCGUCAGCGUUAUUAUUAGGUUUAAGGCAUACAAUGACCUGUUGCACCAAACUUAUGAACUAUAUUAUAAACAGUUCAGACUUUUGUUUUAUUUCUUUUUCUUUUGUCAUCGAUCGAUGUAAUUGUAUUGCGCAAAAAGAGGCGAAAAUGAAUUUUAUAUCGUCCAUUUUUGUUGCCUAAUUUCGUACAUAUGCCUGGAAGGCGAAUGAAAUUUGUAUCAUGAUUUUAAGACUGUGUAUGCGUAUUAAACACUUUUGCAUAACAAAUUUUGUAUCAGAAACUUUUAUUUAUUAUUUACUUUUAGUAAUAUAUUUUAACUUUUCUAUACAUUUUAGAAUAUUUCAUACGUAUUAGCUAUACUCGAUAUUACGUCAUUUAUCGUUAUUGUAUAAUUCGAAAAUAAAUAUUUUAAACAUU